AUGCGGCUGCGGCAACUCUCGGAAGGCGCCAGCCGCUGCCAGCUGUGCUCUGCUUCUGCACCGCCCAGCGGAGAGGGCGGGAUUCUUUACCCGGUUGAGUUGGAACUGUGCUUGGUUGGCCGUCCCUGGGAGGAGGCCAGAGGAGGCUCGGAAUUGAAGGACCUGGGCUUGGCGUCAUCGGGGCUGGGCAGGAUGUGGAGCUGGCUGGUGCAGCAGCUGCUGGGGUACCCGCGCGAGCCCGGGGAUGCCGAGGAGUCGAUCCCCAACACGACGGGCGUGCAGGUCGGCAGUGAAGAAAGGCACGACAAGACCAUUUCCUACGGUUACACACUGUUGAGGGGGAAGCGGUCCACGAUGGAGGACUACCAUUCCGCGAAGUUCGAGGACGUGCCUGGGAUCCCGGAGUCAGUGGGGAUGUUCGGGGUCUUCGACGGCCAUGGGGGGCCGGACGCCGCCAUGUACAUUAAGCAGCACCUGUUCAAGAAUCUCACGAACCACAAAGACUUCACGACGGACACGGAGAAGGCCACAAAUGAGGUGUAUGUGAACACAGACGACAGCUAUUUAGAAGACCCAAAGUCCAGAAGAGACGAUGGUGGUGCUGGAUCAACAGCUGUGACAGCCGUAGUCAUUGGCAGGAGACUAACAAUGGCCAAUGUGGGAGACUCAAGAGCAGUGUUGUGCCGGCAAGGAAAAGCGAUACAAGUGUCGGUGGACCACAAACCAAACGAGCCACACGAGAAGCAAAGAAUCGAGGACAAUGGGGGCAUGGUGGUCUGGGCUGGAACGUGGCGGGUUGGCGGGGUCUUGGCAGUAUCUCGCGCCUUUGGAGAUCGGCCGCUGAAGAAGUAUGUUAAAGCGGAUCCCUACAUGAGGUCUGAGGACCUCACCAAAGACGACGAGUUCCUUGUCCUUGCCAGCGACGGCCUCUGGGACGUUGUCAGCAAUGAGGAAGCGGUGUCCAUAUCGAGGGAAGCAUUCAACCAGAGGCUCCCCAUUCAGAAGGUGUCAGAGCGUCUUGCUGAGACAGCAAUGAACAGGGGCAGCAAUGACAACAUCACCUGUUUGCUUGUGCGCUUCAAUUUCAAGGACUAG